UUUAAAUUUUUUUCGCUUUCUAACUGUUGUUGCUGAUCCCAAAUAUUUUUCUGGAAGAAAUAACAGAUGCAAUUUGUAUGUGUCUGUUAUCUGCUUUGCUGGGUGGGAUGGGAAGAAUUAUGUAAAGAGAAAUGAACAGGACAGAAUGUUCACUUCGACAUAACUCAUUCCCCUUUCAUAGGUUUUUCUCCUUUGUGUAAAAUUUGGGAAGUACUCAUUUGUUUUCCAUAUGUGUAGCCUGUGGAAGAAAGGGCAGAUAAUGUAUUUUUUUUCCUGUAAGAGUACACUGUAUCCUUUCAUGCUUUAGUGUUGCACAGGAGGUACUAAUUAACUGCUGGGAGAAGUAAAAAUUUUGAGUGGGCAGUUUCUGAUCCAAAUUACAUUAUUUUCUUGGGGAAAGGAAAGAUUUGUUACUUACGUUCCUCAGGAAGCCUGGUUGUCAAGGGUUUUUUAGAUUAGCCAAUGUGAAAAUGCCCAAAUCUUAAGCAUGCUAGUUCAUUGAGCAAUUCUGGUUAAAAUGUGAUGUAGAGAAUUUCAUAACCUAUUUCAUCUCAGUACUGAGAGAGAAUCAAUUUCCCAUUCUUGAGUAUUCAUCAAAUGUUGUGCUAGGUUCCUGGAGAACAGAUACCAGAUAGAAUCUCCCUCUUAAACAAACAAACAAACAAAAAACAAACAACAUACACACAAAUAACUUCCCUCUCCCAGAGAAAAUUCUUAUUAGCACAUGGUUUAUUUCCCGCUAGUUUUCUUCCAAGUGUAUGUUUUAAAAAUAACUGAGCUAAUACAAUAGACUCAAUUAUGUGUCCUGCUUUUUUUCACUUAGCACUGGAGCUUAAGAUUUUUUAGUCGUUGAAAUACUUCUUAUAAGUAGCCUUUUAAUAUGUGUAGAACUUCCAUUCUGUGCCAUCAUUUAUUUCAUUUCCCCACUGAUUGGACAUUUGAAUCAUUUUCUGUUUUUCACACUUACACUAAUAUUUGGAUGAACAUUUUAAAAGCCUUUUCUGCAUUUUAGGUUAUUGAGGUCCUCAGAAGUGAAAAUAUUGGCUUAAAGAAUUUGACCGUUUUAGCAUUGAAAACAUUUAUUCAGUGACUGUUGAGCACCAUCUGUAUGCCAAGUAUUGGAGAGACAGUAAGGAACAAGACAGAUAAGGUUCUCAUUGUCAUAGAGUUUACAGUUAGAGAAAGACAGAAAGAUUAAACGAAGAGUUACACAAGCCAAUUCAUAGUUACAAAUUUUGGUAAGUGCUUAGGGGGAAAAAAAAGCACAAGAUGUUAAACAGAUUAGCAAAUCUCACUGUGAUGGUUCUAAUUUAGGUGUGUGGGGAGGUGGGGAGGUUGGUCAGGGAGGGAGAGAUGUUUAGGCUGAUAGCCAAAGCACAAGUAGUGAGCGCUUGGCUCAACAAAGCAAAGAGGGCAUAGCCUGUGUUCAGACUGGGAAGAGGAGGAGGUGGGGAAAGGGGUCUGGGACAGGCAAGGGUUCACUGGGGAAAACUUGGCACAGAAGAGCUAAAAGAAUAUCAUUCUGUCAGUGGAGAGAGAGAGAGAAAGUGAUGUGAAAUAAGUAGAUAGUUAGGGGCCAGAUCACACAAGCCUUUGUAGGCCUUGUUAACAAUUGAGGUUCUUGAGAAAUACAUUGUCCCAUUCCAUUCCAGAGUGGCCCACCAAUUUACAAUUAUGUCAACCCUGUUGGAGUGCCAGUUUCACUUACUAACAUUGAUAGUCUUAUUUGUAAAGGACUUUGAUGAUGUGAUCGUUGAAAUGUUUUCAUUUCAGUUCGUAUUUCUUUGAUGAUUAGUGAGGAAUAAUCUUUCCCCAAAUGUGUGUAGUUGUUUCUUCAUUUUUGACCAUUCAGUUCAUUUCCUUUCUCACUAAAAGAUCGUUUUUAAGGUUCUUCCACAAGUACUCAAGUAACAGACUGGGAACCACUUGUCAGGAAUUUAAAGAAGAGUUUCUUACAUGUCUCUCAUCUUAGUUCUCUGGAUAAGGGGCUGGAUUAGGUCAAGACUGGGUUUCUUUUGGCUGUGUUAUUUUAUGAUUCAUGGGUAUACAAGUGUGUGGAGUUGGGAAUUGGAAAAGAAACUGAUAAACUCUGGUGACUGUUUUUCUUAAAAGCCAGCUCACAUCAUCCUUCCCCUAAGAAACAAUCCAGGUCUCUGGUAACCAGAACCAAUUGCUGCUUCUUUUACGUUUGUGUAGCUCAUUGUUUGUACUCUUACUUAUCACUUCAUUUCUUCUGUUUUAAAUUGUUGGUUAGAGAUUUUCUACCUUACUUCAUUAUGAGGCCCUUGAGGACAGAGGCAGUGGCAGUCUGUUUCAUCGUUGUCUUUGUGCCCCCACUGGCAUUGAUACCGUGCAUAAUGACGGUAUUUCAGACAUGCCGAAUGAAUGAGCUGGCUGUUUGUGGCUAUCAUAGCCCUUAACAUUGACCGUCCUUUGCAAAGUUAGCUGGAGGUAUAGACCUCGUCUGUCCUGAGGCUGAGGAAUAGCAUACCUAUGGUAAUGUGUGAGCCUCCCAGGUUUGCAGGUCUUGACUGGGUUUCUCAUCAAUAGUAGGUUGUGUUCACAGGAAAUGAAAACUGCCCAGGACCUGUAACAACUUGUCUGGGUGUUGGGUUUUGUUAUCUUUUGGGUAUUUUCACUUUGGCCAAUACCAGUUGUCUGGGGGAGAGACUUAAUUGGUUGGAGCCUGUGAAAUUUCCAUAUGAUGAUUAGAUCUUUGUAGAGCUGAACGUCAGUAAACUCCUGCAUGUACUGUGAGAACCCAAAUCAGAAGUGGACAUAGGAACAAGAUUACAUUUCUGUGUUCUGAAAUCCCACAGAGAUCACAAAAAGGCAUUCUUAAUUUUGUAUACCUGUGUAUACUACAUUCCAUCCUAGGAAUUGAUAUCAGUUGUUAGUGAAGCUGACAACUUUCAGUGCUUAAAGGAUUGCUUGGUUUGUUAGGUGAGCCAGGUGCUCUGUUUCUCUGGUUUCUCCUACUCAUCCCCUACAAUUUGGGCAUUUUCAUUGUCAUUAGCACUUAAUAUUCCUGAGAUUAUUAUUGUGGAUGUCCUUUUUUAUGUUAACCCUAUACCUCAGUACUGUGGAUAAUUUCAGUCUUCCUCAUGUAGUUUUCUAAGUAAUAACAUGGCAUGUGUUCUAAUGAAAAUUGUAGCAGACUACCUGCCUUUUCUGGGUAGGUAAGGAUUCUUUUGUGGUUAUGAACGUUUCCCAUGCUGUUAGAAUUUUCUGAGAUAAAUAGGGCUUUUCAUUCCAUUUGGCAUACAUUUAUGAAUGCUGUCACAUGUUAGACACUGUGUGAGCUCUGUUAAUACAGAGGCAUUAAACCAUGUGGUAAAGAGCAGUAAUAGAGUUGGGAACAGGUUCUGAGGGAUCAUAAAUGAGGGUUAUUUAGCAUAUCCAUGGAGGGUGUAAUCAGGGAGGCUUUCUGGAGGAGGCAGCACUUAAACUGAGUUUUGAAGGAGGAACAAGAGUCAGUUGGUAACAAGGAUGAUUUUUAAUCGAGGCAAAGGCUGGAGAGAAGGAGCACAGUUAAGAAGCUACUGCUGAAGUACACACUACCACCUACAAAAUAUUCUGGUGAAAAACUUGAACCUGAAUUGGGUCAUGACUCUGUAUGAGUCUAACUCCUAACUUACUGUAAAUAAAGGGGAUGGAGCAGUAUGUUAAAUGGCACCUUUGGGAUACAGUUAGCAAAAUCCAAAAUGUGGGAAAACAGUCUCGUUAUUUUCAACAAAUAAACUACAAGAAAAGAAAAGAGGAAGUAGAAAUCUAUAGAUUAAAAGAGCUUCAAGAGGGAAUUCCCUGACAGUCCAGUGGUUAGGGCACCAUGCUUCCAAUGCCCGGGGCCCGAGGUCGAUCCCUCGUUGGGGAGCUAAGAUCCUGCAAGCUGCCUGGCGUGGCCAAAAAAAAAAAAAAGAGAGAGAGAGAUACAUUAAUGAAAUGUAAUAUGUUGUCCCUGUUGGACUCUGAUUCGAAUAAAUCAUCUAUACAAAAUUUAUGAGACAGGAGGGAACAUUUGAACAUCUACUGGAUAGUUGAUGAUAUUGAGGAAUUAUAAAAAGAUUUAGGUGUGGUAGUGGUAUUGUAGUUAUGUUAAGAAAAUAGUUCUUAUCUUCUGGGUUUACAGAAUAAAGGGGAAAUUAGGUGAUGCCUAGAAUUUGCUCCAGAGUGAUCCGGUAUUGGCUGGGUGCUGGGGGAAGCAGGCAUGUAUUGAUAAAUUUUGAAGCUAAGUGAUGGGGUACAUAAGCUGCUUAUUAUGCCAUUCUUUCUACCUUUGUGUAUGUUUGAACUUUUCUAUAAUGUUUUUAUCGAUAAAAAGCUGUUACUGUACUCCAGACAAGAAAUAUUAGGGACCUAAAAUAAAGCACUGGUUGUAGGGAUGGAACAAAAAGGAUGGAUUUGAGAAAUAAGUUAUAAGCUAAUUAAACUUAGAUAUUUGGGGCUGAAGGGAGGGGAGUCUAAGUUUAUGGUUUAGGACCUGAGUACUGUUACCUAAGUUAGGGCAAAUAGAAGCAAAGUGUCUUGAGGGGUUGGUGCAAAACAAUGAUAUUGGAAGUUAGCUUUUGUACGUACUGAGUUUAGGAUAGCCAAGCCACGUAGAGAUGCAUAGUUGGUAGAGUACAAGUAAAGGUAGGGCUUGAUAUGGACCAGUAGGUAGGUGGUGGUUAACCUUAAGAAAGGCUGAGGUUGCCCAGGGAGAAUAUGUACAAGAGGAAAGGAAAGGGGUGCUCCUGAGAGGGGCAGAGAAAGAGGAGCGAUUUAGAAUUCUGAGAGGAAAGGUCAGAGAAGUAGGAAAGUAGUAUUUUUAAAGGAAGUCAGGGAAAUGGGAAAUUUUAAGAAGAGUAUGGAAACCAUGACAAAUCCAGUAGGAAGAUCAAGCAGGAUAAGAACUUGUCUAGUUCCUCUUGAUUAGGAACAUUAAAGGCCUUUGGGGAGCCAGUGGUGGGUGGGAAAGCUUUAUAUGAAUAAACUAUAUUGCUAUACUGCAGUCCCUUUAGAGUAGAUUAAUAGACUGUAGAUCAUAUUAAAAUUUUGUUAAUUAGCUGGAGAGUUAUGAUUAAAAGCAAAAGAGCUUUUAUUUUAUUGGGAAUUAAGAUCAUUACCCUUCAUUUCCCUGGUUCCAUCAACUUGAAAAUCAUGUUCACGUGUGCAGAGACCUUUUCAAAGUUUACUUUAGUUCUCUUUCUAUGAAAUUUUGCUAAUUUGCACAAAAAUUAGUGGAUUUGAAGCUGCCAUAGGAGUUCAGACUUUUAGAAUUGUGAAACCUGUUUUAAAACCAGUUUUCACAUUGAGUCUGAUGCUGUGCUGUCUUCAGGGUGAAUGCAAAAUCCUAGCAGUAGGCAGAUUAUGUUGCUUAUUGUUUUUUUUUUAAGAUUAAUUUUUUGGAUUUCUGUUUUAAAAAUUGUUUUCUUUUUGUUUAGCUCCUUUUAUCCCAAAGUGCAGAUGAAAUAAUGGGUGUGGAGUUGCUGUGAAAAAGUAAACAAAUCAGUUGAAAUGUGAUGUGUUAAUGUUACUACCACCACGUGACGUGACUGUCAGUACUGUAUCUCUGUCGGGCUGGAAUAUUGACAGUUGACAUUCCGAGCACUCUUCUACAGCAAACAGAAAAGUUUUGGCAGAAGAGGAACAGCCCUCUGCCCUUCCUGCCAUCUUCUUUGCAGGAAUCUUAUAAUUUGUAUUUAUUUUCCUCUAAGUACAGAACUGUGAGAACUUGUUUCACUUGAAAAACCCUCACACAGCAAAUUGUCCAGCCCACAUAUGGACAAAGGAAUGACUCAAGCUUUUAGGGAUUCUUUUCCUUUAGUUGGUAACCUCUGACCAGACUAUCAUGUAGUCUGAGAGUUGGAAUUGACCCGUUUUUCAUAAGAUGGUUUGAGAGCUUGGUUGUGAGAAGGGGCCAGUGAGAAUGCUUCUCUCUUCUCAGAGCAGCAUUUAGCCCACACCGGCUGCCACUCCGUUGCCUGUUGAGUCAUUCCCACAGUUCUAUAUAGAGCUUUUCUGGCUUUUCUUUUAAACAUGAUGUUCUUGGAGUGAGAAAGAAAGGAAGUUUUUUCUCCUCCACAGAAUCUCCCCCACCGCAAAUCUGAAUUGCUUUCUCUUUUCUAAUAACAGAAUAUUGCCGUCAAUCAUCUGAGACUACUUUCUCUUUUAAGACCUCUAAGCACUUUCAUUUAUCAUUUGUGUGACUACGUGAGCAUUAAGGCAUUUGCUGGGCUGAGUUUGCCCAGUAGGCUUUCAAGAUACAGGCUGUCACCCAGAAAAAACCGAGGCAUUCUAGCUAAACAUACCAAAAAUGGAUUUCUAGUUUUCAGCUAUUUAAAAGUCAAUCAGGGACUUCCCUGUUGGCGCAGUGGUUAAGAAUCCGCCUGCCAAUGCAGGGGACAUGGGUUCAAGCCCUGGUCCGGGAAGAUCCCACAUGCCACGGAGCAGCUGAGCCCGUGUGCCACAACUACUGAGCCGGCACGCCUAGAGCCCGUGCUCCACAACAAGAGAAGCCACUGCAAUGAGAAACCCGCGUACUGCAACGAAGAGUAGCCCCCACUCACUACAACUAGAGAAAGCCCGUGCACAGCAACGAAGACCCAAUGUAGCCCCCCCCCAAAAAAGAAAGUCAAUCAGAUAUGCUGAAAGGCAUCUUAAUAUCCUUAUUAUGAAUAUCAGUAAAAAGUACUGUGAAGGGAAGAAAUGAGUUUUUAAUUUUGGAUAAAUGGAAAUUGCUGUAAUUUGAAAAGAUUUUAGUUUCUUUUUGUUUUUGUGAUGAAAGAUUAAAAUGCCUCUUGUUCGUUUUUAUUCAGAAGAUCCUGCUCUGUGCUAGUGGAAAAAGGAUUGAAGUUUCUUUAUGAGGAAAGGGAAAUUCUUAUUUCUGUAACUGUCUUCUUAUGUGUUCCAAACGUCCAGCAAGAUCAUAAAGCAUUUUAGAAAAGUCAAUAACAUCAGUAAGCUGUCUAUUCACAGAUCCCGUGUCUUACACAGGCACAAGUAAGGAGCUCUUUUAGGAGUUUGGCAGAUCUGAAAGACAGAUUAUAGCUCCGGAAUGUAUUCAGAUGACUUUUUAAAACAGAUAUUUUAAUUGGAGAGGGAGUGGAGAAAAUAUCUGUGCUUCUGUAGUUAAACAUUCAACUUCCUUAGCCUGUUAUCUAUAAGUACCACAGAUGAAAAAGCCGUUAGAACGCUUUUUCAGAAAACUAACUCACCGUACAUAUUUAUUUGUGUGUAUGUGUUUAUAUAUGCCUGAUCCCAUCCCACCUCCCAUUAAUGGGUCAGUAAUUGGGCUGUGUCUUUCACAAGAUUGAGCUGUUUGGAUUAUGUUUAAUCUGUUGCUCUGAACUGCAUUAGCAGCAGAGUCCCUCAUACUAAGGUUUUGAACAAAACACUCGUCUUCUCUUCUUGAAAAGAGAGGGGGAAAAAAGCAGUUGAUCUCUUUUCUGAAGGUCUUUCUGUCCGUCUCUCCCCUCCCCCCAGAGACGAAUAGCAAGGGGAGGAGCUCACUCACUGUUCUAACCACACUUCAUAUGUCUUAACUUGAGUGCUUUUUGGUUUCCUGUCGGCAGUAAAUCAACUCUGUGCCAUCUUGACUUGUGUGAAGGGUGGAUAAAUUGGUAACUGCACUCAGAAGGGGAGUGAGUUCUCACAGUCUGAUCUGAGCAUAAGGCAUGAGACUGAAUUUAUGAAAGCUUCAGUAGCCUCCGAAGACAACAUCUUUCUUCUGCGACUUUGAGGUUUUUUCAUUAUAUUUGUGGGCUCUUGUUUCUGAGAAGAACCUGUCAUGACGCUACUGGAACCUGAGAUGUUAAUGAUGGCUGUACAGUCCGUGCUGCAGUUGAAGCUCCAGCAGCGCCGGACGCGGGAGGAACUGGUGAGCCAAGGGAUCAUGCCGCCUUUGAAAAGUCCAGCUGCAUUUCAUGAGCAGAGAAGGAGCUUGGAGCGGGCCAGGACAGAGGACUACCUGAAGCGGAAGAUUCGUUCCCGGCCGGAGAGAUCGGAGCUGGUCAGGAUGCACAUAUUGGAAGAGACCUCGGCUGAGCCUUCCCUGCAGGCCAAGCAGCUGAAGCUGAAGAGAGCCAGGCUGGCCGAUGACCUCAACGAGAAGAUUGCGCAGAGGCCUGGCCCCAUGGAGCUGGUGGAGAAGAACAUCCUGCCUGUGGAGUCUAGCCUGAAGGAAGCCAUCAUUGUGGGCCAGGUGAACUACCCGAAAGUAGCAGACAGCUCUUCCUUUGACGAGGACAGCAGCGAUGCCUUAUCUCCUGAGCAGCCUGCCAGCCAUGAGUCCCAGGGCUCGGUGCCGUCUCCCCUGGAAGCCCGAGUCAGCGAGCCACUGCCCAGUGCCACCUCUGUGUCCCCCACUCAGGUCGUGUCUCAACUCCCCGUGGGCCCAGAGUCUGGAGAAACAGUCUUCCUGGCGGAGCAGCCUCUUCCACCGCCCAGCCUCGCCAACGGAACCACGGUCGCCACCGCCAAGCCCCUCCCCACACUCAUUAAGCAAAGCCAACCCAAGUCUGCCAGUGAGAAGUCGCAGCGCAGCAAGAAGGCCAAGGAGCUGAAGCCGAAGGUGAAGAAGCUCAAGUAUCACCAGUACAUCCCCCCGGACCAGAAGCAGGACAAGGGGGCGCCCCCCAUGGACUCCUCCUACGCCAGGAUCCUGCAGCAGCAGCAGCUCUUCCUGCAGCUCCAGAUCCUCAAUCAGCAGCAGCAGCAGCACUACAACUACCAGACCAUCCUGCCCGCCCCGCCCAAGCCAGCAGGGGAGGCUCUGGGAAGCGGUGGGGCCCCCCUGACGCGCAGCCUUUCCGCUACCAGCAGCAGCUCCGGCUCGGGCGCCCCUGGGCCCAGUGGGCUGGUACGUCAGAACAGCACCUCGUUGACUGGCAAGCCUGGGGCCCUGCCUGCCAACCUGGACGACAUGAAGGUGGCAGAGCUGAAGCAGGAGCUGAAGUUGCGGUCACUGCCCGUCUCGGGCACAAAGACAGACCUAAUUGAGCGCCUGCGCGCCUACCAGGAGCAAAUCAGUCCCGCCACUGGAGCACCCAAGGGCCCCGCCGCUGCCUCCAUCCUGCCCAAGGCUGGCGAGGUGGUGGUAGCCUUCCCCGCCGCUCGGCUAAGCACGGGGCCCACCCUGGUGGCAGCGGGCCUGGCCCCGGCUGAGGUGGUGGUGGCCACGGUGACCAGCAAUGGAGUGGUGAAGUUUGGCAGCACGGGCUCCACGCCCCCUGUGUCUCCCACCCCCUCAGAGCGUUCACUGCUCAGCACAGGCGACGAGAACUCCACGCCCGGGGACACCUUUGGCGAGAUGGUGACAUCGCCAGUGACCCAGCUCACCCUGCAGACCUCGCCGCUGCAGAUCCUUGUGAAGGAGGAGGGCCCCCGCGCUGGGUCCUGCUGUCUCAGCCCUGGGAUGCGGGCAGAGCUGGAGGGGCGUGACAAGGACCAGAUGCUGCAGGAAAAGGACAAGCAGAUCGAGGAGCUGACCCGCAUGCUCCGGCAGAAGCAGCAGCUGGUGGAGUGGCUCAGGCUGCAGCUGGAGCAGGAGAAGCGGGCCCAGCAGCCCACGCCAGCCCCUGCCCCGGCCCUGGUCACGCUUGGUGCCGCAGUGAAGCAGGAAAGCAGCCUUGCCAGCUGCCAGCUGAGCAGGCAGCCCCCGGGCCCCGAUUGCCCCUUCGGCCCCAGCCUCGCGGGCCCCGCUGCCCCCCAUGUAGACACUUGUACCCUAGGGCCCCCAGCCGUGGUGGUGAAGCAGGAAGCCGUGCUGCCCGAGCCUGAACCAGCCCCGGCCCUGGUCACGCUUGGUGCUGCAGUGAAGCAGGAAAGCAGCCUUGCCAGCUGCCAGCUGAGCAGGCAGGCCCCGGGCCCUGAUCGCCCCUUCGGCCCCAGCCUCGCGGGCCCCGCUGCCCACCAUGUAGACACUUGUACCCUGGUGCCCCCGGCCGUGGUGGUGAAGCAGGAAGCUGUGCUGCCCGAGCAUGAACCAGCCCCGGCCCCGCAGCUGAUUCUGGGCCCACAGGGCCCCAGCCUCAUCAAGGGGGUCACACCCCCCACGCUCCUCACUGACUCCACAGGGACCCACCUUGUCCUCACCAUGACCAAUAAGAAUGCAGACAGCCCUGGCCUGGCCAGCGGGAGCCCCCAGCAGAGAGGCCAGCUGUCCCCCACCAAGGUGACAUUGGCAGCUGGCUCCCUGCUGCUGCCACCCUCGCAGCCCAGACCCUUCACUCAGCCUGGCCCACAGCUCUUGUCCCAGCCUGGCUCUCCAGCCCCUGGCCCCCCAGCUCAGAGGGACCUGGAGCACCCGCCACAGCCCCUUUUUGGGCCCCCCACUUCUCUGCCGAAGAAGGAGCCGCCUGGCUAUGAGGAAGCUGUGAGCCAGCAGCCCAGACAGCAGGAGAAUGGUUCCUCAAGCCAGCAGAUGGAUGACCUGUUUGACAUUCUGAUUCAGAGUGGAGAGAUCUCAGCGGAUUUCAAGGAGCCAGGGAAAGAGAAGUCUCCCCCGAGAGCAGCCUGCGGGUCACCCCUGGCCGCACAGCCGUCACCGUCCGCCGAACUCCCUCAGGCUGUCCCCCCUCCAUCCGGCUCGCCGGCCCUCCCUGGGCGCCUGGAGGACUUCCUGGAGAGCAGCACAGGGCUGCCCCUGCUGACCGGCGGGCACGAGGGGCCAGAGCCCCUCUCCCUCAUCGACGACCUUCACAGCCAGAUGCUGAGCAGCUCUGCCAUCCUGGACCACCCCCCCUCCCCCAUGGACACUUCGGAAUUGCACUUUGCGCCUGAGCCCAGUGGUGUGGGCCUGGACCUGGCCGACGGCCACCUGGACGGCAUGGACUGGCUGGAGCUGUCGUCGGGUGGGCCGGUGCUCAGCCUGGCCCCGAGCACCACAGCCCCCAGCCUCUUCUCCACGGACUUCCUCGACGGCCACGACUUGCAGCUACACUGGGAUUCCUGCUUGUAGCUCUGGGGCUGCAGAGCCGGGGGCUGGGAGGGCUGGAAAGUCGGAGACCUCGGGAACUCAAGGGAGCUCAGCGCUCUCCUGCCUGAUGCAGCCUCUCCACGUGGUCAUGAGUCCUGACAAUCACAGGCCCUGCUUUCCCCUCCGUGGGAGGCCAGAGGAGGGUGUCCCCACACCUGGCUCUGACUCACCAAGGAGAAGAGCUUCCAAGAAGCAGCUCUGGGUCCCACCCUGGGGUUUCGGAGGCCUGGAUGGGCCAGGGGCUUCUAUGUGACCUCCUUUUGUGAGGUCGGGGUGCACCUGUCUGCUGCAGUUUGCUCAGGAGGCGAGGCUGAGGCAGGGCAAGGGGUGCAUGUCCUUCCUUCUCUUCCCCUUCCCUGCAAGGGAAGGAACUGGCUGGGCCUCUACCUCACCACCCUCGUGAUGCCAACACCACCGACCCAGGCUUCCCGGGAGGGGGGCUCCCUGCCAUUUUAGCGUCUUGGUGUAGUGUAACCAUUUAGUGGUUGGUGGCAAACGUUUUCUGUACAGGUGUAUAUACCUCUAUAUUAUAUAUCGCCAUACAUAUAUACACAUAUAUCUUGGGGGGCGGGUGGGAGGUGAAUGCAGCCCCCCACCCCCGGUUCUACUCUGUGCACACGGAAGGGCCUGAAGCCACCGCUCCCGGGGCUGAACACAGCUUACCCUGGCCCCACCCAUCACUUGUAUCUGACACGUAUAGACGCCUCGUCACAGCCUGUGCCGCACCUGUCCUGCUUCCUGCUCCUUAUCAGUGCCACGAGGGCAGAGAGGUGCUUCCUGGCCCCCUGCCCACAUUCCCUCCUGCUGCCUCACUGCAGCCACCACGGCCCUGGGACAGCAGUGGAGCCAGCGGUGGCCCGCAAGCUAUGGCCUCCUCCUGCCCUGGGGCCUGGCCUCCCUUCCGGCCUUCUGGUCGUUGUCAUUCACAGGGGAUCAGGGAUGGAGUCACCAGAACCAGUUCUGGGACAGAGGUGGGAAAGCUGUGUGAACUUUUUAAAAUAAAAACAAAAACCCC